AUGAAUGAUAACGGUUCUGGACGAACAAAAUCCCAGGCUUCAUCAUUCGUGGACCACCGGCGGGUCCGAUGUGUCGCUGGGAGUGGCGGCAACGGAAUGGUCUCAUUUUUCCGUGGAUAUCGGAAACCUUUUGGAGGUCCUGAUGGCGGCGACGGUGGCAACGGCGGUCAUGUCGUUUUCAAAGGUUUUUGUGUCAUUUUUCUGGUUUUGAAGACAUACUCCGUUUUUCGCGACUUGAAACUACUUCUUUUCUCUGCGCCUUCCUCGUCUCUCCUAUUUUUAUUUUUCUCUGAUUUGCCGGUGAGGGAGACGCGGACACUAGAAAACUGUCAAGUCGCGAAGGACGGACAGCACGUUUUUUGAGUUUAUGAUCAAAAAUUGUCUUCCAGCUCACAAAAACACAAAAGACUUGGGACAUUUGAACUCUGUGAUUCGGGCCAAGGAUGGAGAAUAUGGGCGGUCAGUUUUUCGGGGUUGUAAUGAGGGAAAUAGUUGGUUCAGAACUUUUUCAAAAGUUGAAAAAAGAGGGAAUAUACUGAGAAAAUUUGGAUGGGUCCCUAUAGGGAGUGUAAUAAGGACAAGGCACCCCUAUAGGGACCCCUCAAACGAUGUCGGAGGGGUCCCUAUAGGGCUCCAAAUUAAAGGGGCCCUUGCAGGACGAAAAACAUCCAGUUGACCGAUGUUGUCGGACUGAAAAAAAUAUUCAAUUCACCUUUUCAAAUCCGUAAUUAUCAACUUUAUUCAUAAGGAAGUAAGAAAAUAAUUGCAGAACAAAAUCCUGCCAUGGAAAGUCGGCGGAUCACAAGGAAGUCCUUGUUCCCGUUGGAACGGUUUUUAAAUGCGACCAGAAGACGGUCUUCGAAAUCAAUCGCGAAAAUGAGGUUGAAACAGUGAACUCAAUUAAAAAUUCAGUUCAUUUUAAGAUAUUUAUCGCGGCUCGCGGUGGAGUCGGAGGUCGGGGCAACGAAUUUUACGUCUCCAAUGAAGUUAGGAAACCUUUCAAGGCGGAAUUCGGGGGACAGGGCGAGGAAGUGGGUUUUUAAGUGAUUUUGAAGAGAUUUGAGAGGUCAAAAACUCCAAGUUUUGGAAUUACUUGGACAUUUUUAACCGCAAAUUUUAAAUAAGUCAUGUAAAUUUAAAAAAAAAUAAUUUUUUUAAGCUCGUCUAUGACGUUGAAAUGCGAAUGAUGGCGACUGCGGGCCUUGUCGGCUUCCCGAACGCCGGAAAAUCGUCCGUUUUUUCCUUUUUAUUCGAUAAAAAUGGGAUAUUUUAGUUCCCUACUCCGCGCGAUUUCAAGAGCCAAGCCAAAAGUUGCCGCCUAUCCCUUCACGACCUUGAGACCGCAUGUUGGGAUGGUCUUCUAUGAGGAUCAACAGCAGAUUUCUGGUUUAUCUCCAUGAAAAAAAAAAUAGAAAAUGAAGUCCUGAAUUCCCACUAGACUCAACAAAUGUGACAAGAAUAACGAAUUUUUCCAAUUUUUUUAAACGAGUUGAAAGUUCUGAGAUCACCUGUUUGACAAUUUUCUCGUAAGCGAAGUUCAAAAGGAGCUAAAGAAAAAUAAUUUCGAGAACCUUUUUAUAGUCUAAUAAAUAACUUUUGAAAAGCUUCAAAAAAAAACCUUUUUAAUAGAAAAAGCGAUUUAAAAAUCGUUAUCCUUGUAAAAAAAGAAAAAAGGGAUUUAGUUUGGCAAUUUAAAAAAAUCCAUUUUCUUCGAAAAAAAUAAAAUGCAUCUUCUAAAGCCUUUCUGACUGUUCUCCCUUAAGUGGCCGACAUUCCUGGUUUGAUCGUCGAUGCUCACAAAAACCGAGGUCUUGGCGUUGCUUUCCUGAAACACAUUGAACGAUGCCGGUAAAUUCAUCAGAACGAAAGAAAAAAGAUAAUUCAUUGAAUUUAAAGAUUUCUUUGGUUUGUCUUGGACUAUUCAGCUGGCCAACUCACGGAACAGUAUGAAUGUCUAAAACAUGAAUUGGAAGGUAAAUUGAAAAACUAAAAUUAAAAAAUGAUGAAAAGGAGAAAUUUCAACAUUUGUCGUAAAGUAAAAUGUCUUUUCCGCAGAAUGUUAGUGUUUGCAUACUUUUGCCAUACCGUGAUCGUAAUUGGGAAAAAUUUGGUUUUUGUUGUAUUUUUUUCCUCUGGGUUAAUUUGCGAUUCAAAACUUCAUUUCACUCACUUUGAAAUGACUUUUUCAGGGUACAAGCCAGGUUUGUCAGAAAGAAGUUCUACAAUUGUUGUGAAUAAGAUCGACCUAGCUGAACAGGAUAAGGUGAAAAUAAAGUUCAAUGAGCUUUCAAUUAACUGGAAAUAAAUUCAGGACGAGAAUCUACAAUCCCUUUUCCCCAACCUGCCGCUUUUUUCCGUUUCUGCAAUGCAUGGAAUCGGUUUGGAUCCCCUUUUGGUCCACUUGAGGGACCAGUACGAGACACCGGAUGAGACAGAGCAAAAUGAACAAGAAAACGAGUUUUGA